AUGUAUUCGAUUGAAAAAUAUCUAAUCAAACUGACCGAUGUUGUUUUUCUUUUAUUAGACGAUAAUAAUCGUUCUAAAUCAACUCCACCAUUAUCAAAUCGUCCUUUGUCUUCUGACCGAAAAAAUUCUAUAGACAAUAAAUUUAGCCAAUUACUACAUGAACAAUCAUCAAAAGAAAUAAUUAAUCUUUCACGUAGUUUAUCAACAACAAAUGAAGAAACAAAUUCAUCAUUUUCUGGUUGGGAUGAUCCAGCUUCUUCAUUAUUACCAAUAAAUAAUGAAAAGCAAAAGGAAUCUAUUAAACAGACAACUUCUCCACCUAUGAUUGAUUCUUAUUACCCAUCACAUCCGUGUGAUUUAUCAUUUACUGUUAAUAUGACAACAACAGCAACAGAUCCUAAAUUAACUUUUUCUACAGCAACUUCACAACAACAACAACAAGAGAUGCCUAAAUUUCGAGAAAUGCCAUUUAAUUUAGCACAUAAACUAAUUGCUGAAACAUCUGAAAGUGAAAUAUCAAUUCAACAUACACCUUGGACACAAAAUAUUGUUUAUCAAUCAAAUGAUCAUCAACAAAUACGUAUUUCAUCAAGUUAUAAUAAUUUAUCAAAAUUACAUUCAAAAGAAACACAAUCACCAUCUACAUAUCAUCGUGAUUUUUUACAACAUUGGCUUGAAGAUCAAUUAAAUCAAUUUCGUGGUCAAAAUAAACAAAUUCCAAUAUUAUUAACAAGAAAAAUAAAUCGAUUUUCUACAAUUCAAAAUGAUUCAACAGAUGAUGAAUCAGAUACAAUUCAGGAUAAUACAUAUCCCAUUUUAAAUACGAAAUCAACUAAACAUUCUCAUAAUCAUAUUCGAUAUAAACCAAUUCGAAAAACUUCAAAUCUUAUACGACAUGAAUCAUUGAAACAUAGAAAUAAACCACUAUCAUUUGAAAAUAAUCUUUUAAAAAAACUUCCAAAACGAACGGACUCAUCAUCAAUACCACAUUCUGAUUUUAGUGAUAUGUCAUCAUUACGGUUAGAUAAUAUAUCUCAAAGUAUUUUAUCACAUAUUGAAUCUGAUUAUGAUAAUAUGUGCACAGAAGGCUUAAAUUCUAAUCCAACAACAACAACUAUUAUAAAUAAUUCACAAAUUAUAACUGAUGAUGAGAGUGAUGAUCAAACAACUUUGGCAACAACAAUAAAUCGGCAUUACUUUUAA